AUGCCGUACGUACCACCUCAUUUACGCAACUCGGCGGGUGGAUCGGCUGGAGGUUCCGCUCCCCCGUCAUCCUCCCAAGGAGGCCGAUCCGAUCCUCCAGGCCGCUACGGCGAUCGGAACGACUAUGGCAGCUUCGGUUCUAGAAGCUACGGCUCUCGAGAUAGAGACGAUCGGAGGGAUAGAGAUGACAGAGGCAGCAGGGACGGUGGCAACAGGGACGGUGGCAGCAGCAGCUUCGGCAGCAGCCGUCGGCCUGUAGAGAGCCGGGGAAGCGGCCCUUCAGAGCCGGUCUGCCCGGCAUGGAAGCCGUCGGACCGCGUGAUCCGCUUGCAAGAAGAUCAGAUCGCUGAGGUCCGCGCGCGACUGAACGUGACAGUGGAAGUGACGCCUGGCACGGGCGUUGCACCAGCCCCGGUGGAGUCGUUUGACGACAUGGGCCUGCACCCGAACAUAUCAAAGGACAUCGUGUACCACAGCUACACCAACCCCACGCCCAUUCAGGCGCAGGCCAUGCCCAUUGCGCUCUCCAACCGCGACCUCCUCGGCUGUGCUGAAACCGGCAGUGGCAAGACCGCCGCCUUCGCCAUCCCCAUGAUCCAACACUGCCUGCAUCAAGCCCCUCUGCGGCCGGGCGAUGGGCCUCUGGCGCUCGUGCUGGCGCCCACCCGCGAGCUGGCGCAGCAGAUUGAGAAGGAGGUGAAAGCGUUCAGCCUGUCAUCGGAUGGGUUCAAGACAGCGAUCAUAGUGGGCGGCACGCACAUGAGUGAGCAGCGGUCGGUGCUGCGAGGGGGCGUGCAGGUGGUGGUGGCGACGCCAGGGCGAUUCAUAGACCAUCUGCAGCAGGGCAACACGUCGCUCGCACGUGUGUCCUUUGUCGUGCUGGACGAGGCCGACAGGAUGCUUGACAUGGGAUUCGAGCCACAGAUGAAGGAGAUCAUGGCGAACCUACCGAAGCAGCACCAGACGCUGCUGUUCUCAGCGACGAUGCCGGAGGAGAUAGAGGCGCUGGCGCAGGAGUACCUCCGGACGCCCGUGCGCGUCAAGGUGGGGCGCGUGAGCAGCCCCACUCAGAACGUGACCCAGUCCCUGGAGAAGGUGGCUGAGAAGGACAAGGUGGAUCGGCUGCUACAGCUGCUGGUGGAGGAGAUGGCUGCUGCAGAGAGCGGGCAGCAGCCGCUGCCACUCACCAUCGUGUUCGUGGAGCGCAAGGUGAAGUGUGACGAGGUGUGUGAGGCACUGACAGCGCAGGGCCUCAAGGCAGCAGCGCUGCAUGGGGGGCGCAGCCAGGGGGAGAGAGAGGCCGCGCUGCUGGACUUCCGCAAGAACACCAUCAACAUCCUCGUGGCAACGGACGUGGCAUCGAGAGGGCUGGACGUGUCGGGAGUGGCUCUGGUCGUCAACAUGGACCUCCCCAAGGCACUAGAGGACUAUGUGCACCGCAUCGGGCGAACAGGGCGAGCAGGGGCGUCUGGGCGAGCUCUGUCGUUCUACACCGAUAGGGAUGCGUUCUUGGUGGCGCAGAUCAAGAAAGCGCUAUCAGAGGCAGAGGCAGGCAACACAAUGGCGUUCGCGACUGGCAAGGCUGCAAGGAGGAAGGAGAAGGAGGAGGCAGCAGCAUUCCGGGAGAAUCGGGCAUCAACAGUAGCAAAUGUGACGAUGAUAGGGGCUACAGCAGUGAAGAUAGUGGAUCAGAAGUACAAGCACAUGAUUGCGGCUCAAGCGGGGCCGGACAAGGUGGAGGGGGCAGCAGAUGAUGCCUUUGAUUAUACCCCCGGCAUCUGCGAUAAGGCUGGGUAUGCGAACGCAACAUCGGUGGGCGGCCCUCUGGUGAUGUGUGGCUCUGGCGAGACGGAGGGGUCAGCUCAGCUGGAGCUCGUGAGACGGGGCGUGGCUCUCUUCCUCACCUACAGGCUCACCGCCCAGGCUGGCACCCGCCCCUCCUCCAAGCCCCACCUCCUCGCCGCCAACCCCUGCCCCUCCUCCUCCGCCACCACUGCCACCGCCACCUCUCUCUCCCUCGACCCAGCUCUCUCGGCGCAUCUUGGCAGCUCUCUCACCGCCAAUCCCCUCAACGCCACCGCGGGCGCUGCUGCUGGAGCCUCAGCCAGUCUUCUCAACACCUCCGCGGGUGUUGGUGCCACCGUGGGGGCGUCUCUUCCCAACGGAACGGUGGAUGCAGCAGGAGGAGUCUCGGCUUCUACUGGACUCAUGGGCACAUCUGCUGGUGUUGGCGCUACUCUUGGAGCGUCUCUUCCCAACGGAAUGGUGAACACAGCAGGAGGUGUCUCUGCCUCCACCAAUCUUCUCAACACAUCUGCAGGGGUGGGCGCUGGUGCUGCCGUCUCCCUUCCCAACGGCUCUCUCGCUGCAGCGGGUGAUCUCUCUGCUUCCACCGGCCUCCUCAACACAUCCGCCGGGGUAGGAGCCACUGCAGGGGUCUCCCUUCCCAAUGGCACUGUCGGUGCAACGGGCGGCGUUGCUGCGUCCACGGGGCUGCUCAACACGUCUUCUGGUGUUGGCGCCAGCAUUGGAGCUUCCCUUCCCACCGGCACUGCCUCAGCAGCAGGAGGCCUCUCUGCCUCGUCCGGUCUCCUCAACACGUCAGCCGGCAUGGGAGCAGGAGUGGGCGUGUCUCUCCCCAAUGGCUCCCUCUCGGGCUCUGCCUCCCUUGGUGCCUCCUCCCCUCUCCUCAACACUUCAGCCGGCGCCGGGGCUGCUGUCAACGCAGGCUCGGGCGGCGUCAACGCCAACCUCGGAGCCUCGGCAAACCUCGGCGGCUCGGUCUCUGGCCUCAUCUCCGGCGUGGGCGGGGCCGUGGGGAACCUCGUAGGCUCGGCGGGGAACAUGGCAGGCUCGGUGGUAGGCACGGUGGGCAACAUGGGAGCCUCGGUCGCGGUGUCCCUCUCCCCGAUUGCGGUGCUGAACGGUGGGUGGGUGGCUACCAGUGGUGGCGCCUACGCCAUGAUCGGGCAGACUCGAGUGUCGGCAGUGCUGGCAUCGGCCCUCGUGACCCGCAUGUCCACCAACAUGCCCCUCUUCCUGCAAGUGCGCGUCGGUGCACAGGGCAGCCUUGUGGCUCGCAUGAAAUAG